UCUCCACGAAUGAAGUCGAGUGGCUCGUUCACACGUCGACGAGCCGUCAGGUGUCGUCAGGUGUGCGAUGAUGGAGCCAUCAGGCCCCAGGCUGCGUGUUUAUAACCGGGGGCCCCCGAGGGCCCCGCACCGCUCAGGGGCUCCUCGUCGUCAUGGACGGAAGCAGCGUGUCCGACUUCAGCAUCGAGCGCAUCCUCUCGCCGCAGCUCGGACACAAGCCGCCGAGGGACUUCUCCCCGGACCGAUACCGGCUGCAGGGAUUCCGCCUGGACUCCGGGAACCUCCGGCCUCCCGCCCCGGUGCCGGUGCCGGUGCCGGCACCAGGCUUCCUGCCGUACGGAGCCAUGAGCUUCGGGGAGGCGGCGUUCUGUCCGUACGGAGCCGGUUUCCACCGCGGAGCAGACUUCACCGGCCUGUAUCCGAACUCCGGAGUGUUCGUGCACUUCAGCAGCCGCGAGGCCGCAGAUGCUCCGCCGUUGCCUGGUUACCACGGGUACCAUCAUCACCACCACCACCACGUGUCCAACGCGGCCGCGCAGCCGCAGCCGCGGCAGAAGGCCCGGAUGAGGACGGUGUUCACCGACGGUCAGACGAAGCAGCUCGAGGCGCUGUUCGCGCUCACCGACUACCCGGCGGCGGAGGCGCGGGCCGAGGUGUCGAGGAGCAGCGGGCUGAGCGAGGAGACGGUCCGGGUUUGGUUUAAGAACCGCAGGGCCAGGAGGAAGCGACAGGGCAGCGGGUCGAAGGUCAAAUCCCCGGAGAAGAUGCUCUUCACCUCCUUCCUCUGAACUCAGUCCGACCGCCCACCGAACUCCUCCGGUACCGACCCAGGGGCGGCACCGUUAAUGAGACGACUGGACCUUUUUUUAUUGUGAUGAUGCAUUCAGGUGCUGCUUGGGAAAGUCAGUCACCCCCCACACUUUAAACCCCGGGGACAGUUGACUGCAGAGUGUUGGAGGACAAUGAUUUGUAGUCUCAAAAUUAUUUUGUAUUUUCCUGUAAUUUAUUGAAAUUAGUGUGUUUUACAAAAAUAAAACACAAGCACCGUU